AUGGCACCCUUUCUGAGAGGCAGAUUCUUAAGGAAAGGAACAUGUGAAGCAUCUGAGGAAAUCAUUGCUGACACGUCCAGGUCUCCAACACGUCCAUGUCUCCAGCAGAGAUCUCCAAAUACAGAGUCACAGAGACAGCCCAGGGACCCAUCACACACAAACCAUGCCUCAUCUUCCAUGCAAGAACCUGAGACUAAAACACCAGACCCAGACAAAAUGAUGGACAGUGAUGGGACCAUGGGAAUGAUCUUCUUAUCACAGACUGUACUUGGAGUUCUGGGCAAUUUGUCUCUCCUCUACUACUAUCUGUUUCUUUACUUUUCCCAGAGAAGUUUAAGGUCCACAGACUGGGUUCUGAUGCAUUUGAUUGUAGCAAAUGUAUUAACUCUCAUAUGUAAAGGAGUGCCCCAGACAAUGGCAGGUUUUGGUUGGAAAGACUUCCUCAAUGAUUGUGGAUGCAAAGGAGUUUUCUAUCUCCACAAAGUGGGCAGGAGUAUGUCCUUUAGCAGUAUCAGCUUCCUGAGUGUCUUCCAAGCCAUCACUAUCAGCCCUAAUGACUCAAAGUGGGCACCACUUAAAUGCAAAGCUCCAAAGUAUGUUGUUGCCUGCGUAAACCUUAGUUGGAUUCUGAACCUUCUUAUAAAUACUGUUUUUCUUUUAAACAUAAGUUCAAAACAGGGCAAUAAAAGCAUCACAAUGCUAAAAGACUUUGGGUACUGUUCGUCUGUUAAUAUUGGGGAAAUGGAUACAGUUCUGCAUAUGGUUUACCUGUCAUUCCCUGACAUUAUAUGCAUGUGGCUAAUGCUGUGGGCCAGUGGCUCCAUGGUGCUCAUCCUGCAUAGGCACAAGCGGAGUAUGCAGCACAUGUUCAGGAGCAAGGUCUCUCCUCAAUUUUCACCACAUACCAGAGCUACCCAAACCAUCCUUCUCCUGAUGAGCACCUUCAUCUGCUUUUAUCUGCUGUCCUACAUCUGUCAAGUCUGUUUGGCUCUUAUUUAUAAUCCUUCCUGGUUCCUGGUGAAUAUGUCUCUUUUCAUUGCUGGCUGUUUCCCAACUGAACAAAAUUGA